AUGUCGCCGUCGCACGGUGGUCGCUGGUUCGUCGCAGAGGGAGAAGGCCGGAACGUGUAUCGUAACAGAGAAACUAAUCAAGGGUACGUCGUGAAUUCGUUAAACGAAGCAGCCGCCCUCGUCCCUUCGUCGCACACUUUCGCAGCAUCGUCGCGAUCCGACGUGGCGUCGCCUCGAAUCGUCGCACAGGGAGCGGAAUGGGCGGACGACUUCCCGCUCUCGUUUAACAGCGUCCCCGCCGGGUGGCCCAACGCGCGCCUGGAGGGGCCGGGGGGAGCGUGGGCGGUGCCCGUGUGGGUGGAAAUAGCAGCGUCGGCGGAGGGGGGAGCGGGCGGGGAUGGGGGGGACGGGGAGGGCGGUGUGGGGGGAGGCGAAAGCGACGGCGCGGUUACCGGGGGUGGCGGAACGGCGGGAGCGGGUGGCGGAGGCGGACGGGGGAGCGGGCGCGGGGAAGAGGAGCUGCUGUGCCCCGACUGCCAGCACAACUGGGGAGGGGCGAAUCUGGGGGAGAAUCUGCCCACGCCCAAGCAGAUCCGGGCAGCGCUGGACGAAUUUGUGAUCGGGCAGGAUAACUCGAAAAAGGUCCUGGCAGUAGCAGUGUACAACCACUACAAGCGCAUCUUCCUUGAGAAUCAGAAGCGGGAAAGACUUGCCAACCUGCCUGAGGGGGCGUGUGAGAACCUGGUGGGGGGAGGCGAGGAGGACGAGGUGGAAGUGGAGAAGAGUAACGUGCUGCUGAUGGGACCCACGGGGUCAGGCAAGACCCUAUUGGCCAAGACGCUGGCUCGGUUUGUCAACGUGCCAUUUGCCAUUGCUGAUGCCACCACUCUCACCCAGGCGGGAUACGUGGGAGAGGAUGUUGAGAUGAUUCUCUAUAAGCUGUUGCAGAGCGCCAAUUUCAGUGUGUCAGCAGCGCAGCAGGGCAUUGUGUAUAUCGACGAGAUUGACAAGCUCACCAAGAAGGCGGAGGGCAUCACGAGCACAAGGGACGUGUCAGGGGAGGGCGUGCAGCAGGCGCUGUUGAGAAUGCUCGAGGGCGCUGUGAUAAAUGUCCCUGAGAAAACAGGGAGGAAGAACCCAAGAGGCGAGUUCAUACAGCUCGACACACAGAACAUUCUCUUCAUCUGUGGAGGAGCGUUCGUGGAUCUCGAGAAGACGAUAGCCGAGAGGAAGCGCAAGUCAUCCAUCGGCUUCGGAGCGCCCGUGCGAGCAUCCCUGCGCAACCGAUCUGUUCUUGACGCCCGCACUGCCGGCUCGCUGCUGCAAUCGGUGGGUGCUGCCGGCUCGCUGCUGCAAUCGGUGGGUGCUGCCGGCUCGCUGCUGCAAUCGGCAGAGAGCACGGACCUGAUAGCCUACGGGCUCAUUCCCGAGUUUGUGGGCCGAUUCCCGGUGCUCGUGGGGCUGCAUGCUCUCACAGAGGAGCAACUCGUGCAGGUUCUGUUAAAGCCCAAGAACGCCCUCAGCAAGCAAUUUGCAAAGCUGCUGGCUAUGAACAACGCCCAUCUGCACAUGACGGAGGGCGCAGUGAGGGCCAUAGCGCGCAAGGCAGCAGCACGCAACACGGGGGCCAGGGGGCUGCGAUCGCUGCUGGAGGGGCUGCUUACCGAGGCUAUGUAUGAGGUCCCCAGCUCUCUGGUGGAAGCAGUGGUGCUGGACGAGGCAUCAGUGGGGCACGAGGGGGAGGAGGGGGAGGAGGGUGUGCCAGGGUGUGGGGCCCACAUUCUCCAAGGGGAGGGCGCGUGGGAGCGGUGGUUGCAGGAGAACGAAGGGGGAGGAGAGAAGGCGGGAGGGAAGGGAGAGGAGGUCCAGGGCGGAGGAAGCAAGGGAGGGUCAUCUGGGGGAGGUGGAAGUGAUGAGGAAUCGGAUGCAGCUCCUGCUCUUGCCACAGCCACUGCAGCUUGA